AUGAGCAUUGUGAGUCUGGGAGAUGACUUUGAGAGUGACAAGGCUUUACUCCAGCAUCUCAGUGACAGCCCCAUCAACCACUAUGUCCCAGAUCAGGAUCCGGGCGCAUCAGCUUACACUGGGAGCAAUCGGCAGUAUAGUUCUAAUCUCAAACUUGGCUACCUAGGUGUCGUCGGUCCUAAACGUUGGAUCAUAGCAGAUGGUCUGCUUUUCUCGGAUUCAGAUGCUUUGAUUGUGGUCGCGGAUGCUUCAAUCCAUAUAUACGCGAUAUGCUAG